AUGUUUGGAACCCAAAAUAGAAAAGAUUUGGCCUUUGAAUACCAAUCUCAAAUUCAGAUUUUGAGGCCAAGCAUUCAUUCCAGAAGGGCAAAUAUAACUGUGAAAUUCCAAGAUCUAUAUGGGUUCACAGUGGAAGGCAAUGUUGAUGAUGUAAAUGUGUUGAAUGAGGUUAGGGAGAAGGUUAGGGAACAGGGUAAGGUGUGGUGGGCAUUAGAAGCUAGCAAAGGUGUAAAUUGGUAUUUGCAAACACAAGUUACAUCAACCCUUAAAACAUCCCUUAAACUCUCUACUUUGGUGAAUGCAAUUACUCUCAAGAAACUAAUUAGGAAAGGAAUCCCACCUGUGUUGAGGCCUAAGGUGUGGUUUUCACUAUCAGGUGCAGCUAAGAAGAAAUCAACCGUCCCGGAAAGUUAUUACCAAGAUAUGACCAUGGCUGUUUUGGAUAAGGUCACACCUGCAACCAAACAGAUUGAUCAUGACCUUCCACGAACCUUUCCUGGUCAUCCCUGGUUGGACACUUCUGAGGGUCAUGCUGCUCUGAGACGAGUUCUCGUUGCCUAUUCUUUCCGAGAUUCUGAUGUUGGCUAUUGCCAGGGAUUGAACUAUGUUGCAGCAUUAUUGUUGCUCGUGCUAAAAACUGAAGAAGAUGCUUUCUGGAUGCUUGCUGUCCUUUUAGAGAAUGUCUUGGUAAAUGAUUGUUAUACUAAUAACUUGUCUGGAUGCCACGUUGAGCAAAGAGUGUUCAAGGACCUAUUAACCAAAAAAUGUCCAAGGUUAGCAGCUCAUUUGGAUUCUCUAGAAUUUGAUGUUUCUCUUGUUUGCACCGAGUGGUUUCUCUGCCUUUUCUCCAAAAGUUUGCCUUCUGAGACAACCUUGCGAGUAUGGGAUGUCCUCUUCUAUGAAGGUGCUAAGGUUCUAUUUCAUGUAGCAUUGGCAGUUUUCAAGAUGAACGAAGAGAAGUUGCUGGUAGCACAUCACGUCGGGGAUGUAAUUAGUAUCAUACAGAGAAGCACUCAUCACCUUUUUGAUCCUGAUGAGUUGUUAACGGUUGCAUUUGAUAAGGUUGGCUCUAUGACAACGACUACUAUAUCAAAACAGAGGAAAAAGCAGGAACCAGCUGUAAUGGCAGAGCUCGACCAGAGAUCAAGACGGUUAAAUUCUGUAUUUCCAGAUGAAAAACUGUAGUUUUUUACGAGGAAACCUAGUAAUUGUAGCUUAUGUAUAAUGCAUCCGUGUCAGGGCGUGCUGCCCUUGCUAGGAGAUCAACGAUUUGCUCACAAAACAAUGAGCAAAAACUGCGGCUUGGAGAGAGUAUGCUUGUUUAUUAAGUUGUAGGUGUUACAGAAGUGUAAAUGUAAUCUGAAAAUAUUGCUGUAAUUUAGUUAUCCUUUAUUCUUUUUUCUU